UGUAAAGAUACUUAUUUAUACACACCUCUACUAAAAGGUUUUUCUGCGGAAAUUACUCGUUUUCGAGAUAUUUUAAUUUUUCAAAUUUUCAAUACAUUUUAUUGAUAAUUUAUACUUACAGUCUAUCAAUGUAUCUAUGUUUCGCGGGACCUUUCAUCAUUUUUGGUUCAUUAAUAAUGUCUUUAUUUUUAGCUGGGCCAUCCACUUCUCACUCUGUGGAGUCAGGCUCCAAUUUUGAAAUCAAUGACCUCUAUGUGUGCCGGCAUUUAUAUGUGGGCGAAAUAUUGCCUAUGUACAAUUUACCUCGGCUUGUCAGGCAACUGGGAACCCGGGAGCAGUGUUUGGCUUUUGCUGAAGAGCAUGGGCUCAUUUUAGCCAACAAAAUGUGCCGUGUACACCGCCAGCUCAUGCGCCUGGAUUUGACGGCUAACAAUACAGUUGGGGCCUUUGUAUGUAGCAGAGGGAGCUGUAGAGCCAAGUCCCGUACAUCAAGGGCCACAGGAACAUGGUUCGAGAAGUCAGGGUUGCCAUUGCCAAGGAUAUUUUAUUUGAUAUACUGUUUUGCACAUCGCAAGUCCCACGAAGAGGCCAUAUUCGAUUAUCCUCUUCGUGACGAAACAAAUACAUGCUUGUCCAGGGCCACCAUCACAGACUGGUACAGUUAUUGUCGAGAAGUUAUUGUAAUUUAUUAUUUAGAGACUCAACAAAUAAAAGGAAAAAUAGGUGGCCCUGGAAAAAUUGUACAAAUUGACGUAAGCAAAUUCGGCCGGCGCAAAUAUAAUAAAGGAAGACGAGUUGAAGGGCACUGGGUCCUAGGAAUGAUUGAAGAUGGAAGCGAGGACUUGCGCUUGGAGGUGUGCCCGGACAAUGUGCGGUCUGCAGAGGUCCUGGUGCCCCUGAUAAAAAAGCACGUGGAAGUGGGCACCACAAUCCACACAGAUUGCUGGCGUGCUUACGAUAGUCUGGCAGAGCACGGGUAUCAUCAUAAAAAGGUCAAUCAUAGUGACCCGGACAAUCCAUUCGUUGCAGCAGAUGGGACUCACACUCAACGUAUUGAGUCCCAAUGGCGUGUUGUAAAAAGAUUUUUUUACAAAGACAAUUACAACCAUCCCCAAAACUUUGGGGAUGUGAUUGUGGAGUAUUUGUGGAGAAGAAAUGUCAUGAAAAAUAAAAAAGAUCCGUUUAUCCAAUUAAUUGAGGCAAUUAAAUAUAUAUACAAACCUUAACCUCUGGUUUUAUUUAUGCAUCUUCAUAAUAUCACCAAAUUUCAUUCUUAUUUCUAGAAUACACUAGUUAGUGAGAUUGUACAAGAUCAUAACUUGUAGUCGAUCAUACCCAAAACCGAAUCAGAGCACCCCACUAUCCACGUGGUCUUGUCUGUCUUACCCCUAGAGUGUAUAUAAAUAAUCGGAGGCGCGGAUGAAGAGCAGCCCCCACGCACGCAAGGGUGGAGGGG